CAUGGACAAGUGAAGGUAGAGUCUCUGCCGCGCUUAUUACCCUUCUCGCUCUGCACCGAGCAACAAUGGCGGCCGCGUUUCCGCAGAAGGCGAAAGCAGGUCUGUGUGCGCUGAUUUCGUGCUGCUUCCAGCCCGCGUACACACCUGAGGCCACCGAUGAAUCCAGAUACAUGACCCAGGAGAAGCCCAAACGCCGUUCGAUCGCGGACGAAGCGGAUCUGUCCACCGCUAUUCUGCCUAACUACCAAGACCCACCACGAUGGAUUAAGGACGACUUGGUCGAGGCCUGUGUGCUCUGCGGCGUCGAAUUCGACCUGCUCAAGCGCAAGCACCACUGCCGCGGCUGUGGACUCGUCUACUGCGGACGCUGCACGUCCAACUUCGACCGCGUGGUCAAGUUUGGCUUCGUUGAGCCUGUGCGGCUCUGCAACAACUGCGCCAGCACGGCAAAGACAGAAAAUGUCUUUUACGAGAAGCUCUUGCCGCUGCUAGAAGGCGGAGACCUCUUCAGCAAGUAUGGACUGCUGCGGAAGAGACACGUUUUUCUUAAGUUUGUUCGUGCCAAGAACAUUUUCCAGUACCAGAAGUUUGACCCCGAAACGAGAACUUAUGAAGGCGAUAUCAAAGCCAUUCCACUGGAUGAAAUCACGGACGUCCGUGAGGUGGAUGUGGGUCAGGACAACUCUGAUGUGGGGAUAAUCAUUGCUGUGGGUCCGCAAGAGCACAGGUUUGACGCCACAACGGAACUCAAGAGACAACAGUGGAUGGAGGCUAUUGCGGGAGCUCGUCACGUGCGUGGUGCGAUGCUGGCGGCAGAGCGAGAGAAGCGGGCGCAACAGGUUGAGAAGGAGAACGAGGAGAUCCGCAAGAUGUCGGAGAAUCUGCAAAAGAUGGAGGAGCGUCGCGCCACGUUCCAGGAAGAUCGGAUGCGUCGCCGAGCCGAGAAGCGCGAGCAGCUACGUGCCAAGUACCACCUCGCAACCGCAGCAUCGUAAGCGGUCCUGGUAACGUACGCAACUGGCCACUACUCGCUUUUCACUACACUUUAUGCGUCUUUAUAGGAAACGUAACAGUCUCCCCAUCAAACAAAACCUGUAUAUAAUCAACAGUAUUUGUGUGCCGCAUUUCUUGGUGCCAUUAAACUUGCUGCCAAAAAGUAUCCAACAUUCGGUUACAAUUCAGAUUUGUG